UUGUAUUUUGUCCAAUCAGAGGCUACGUUACUACAGGCUGUGCACAUGCGCUGUGGUCCAAAUAUUUCAUGCGUUAUAGGUCUGUCUGGUGGAGGUCAUAGACAUCUGAAUAAAACCGAGUGUGAUUGCUGCCAUGGCCAAGCUGUUCGAGUCUAUUGGGAAGUUGGGGCUGGCGCUCGCCAUUGGUGGAGGUGUUGUCAACUCUGCCCUCUUCAAUGUUGAUGCAGGGUAUCAGGCUGUGAUAUUUGACAGGUUCAGAGGAGUACAAGAGACUGUUGUUGGUGAAGGUACCCACUUCCUCAUUCCCUGGGUUCAGAAACCUAUCCUCUUUGAUUGUCGCUCCCGUCCACGCACCGUACCUGUCAUCACAGGCAGCAAAGAUCUGCAGAACGUAAACAUCACAUUGCGUAUCCUCUUCCGGCCGGUGACCAACCAGCUGCCACGCAUCUUCACCAGUAUUGGUGAGGACUAUGAUGAGAGGGUGCUACCAUCCAUCACCACAGAGGUCUUGAAGUCUGUAGUGGCUCGGUUUGAUGCUGGUGAGCUCAUCACCCAGAGAGAGCUUGUUUCUCGGCAAGUCAGUGAGGACCUCACAGAAAGAGCCAACACCUUCGGCCUCAUCUUGGAUGACGUUUCACUGACACACUUGACCUUUGGAAAGGAAUUCACUGAGGCCGUUGAGAUGAAGCAGGUGGCCCAGCAGGAGGCUGAGAGGGCCCGUUUCGUUGUAGAAAAGGCAGAACAACAGAAGCAGGCGGCCAUCAUCUCUGCAGAGGGAGAUUCCCAGGCUGCGUUGCUAAUCGCCAAUUCUCUGAUGGAGGCUGGUGAUGGUCUGGUGGAGCUACGUAAGCUGGAGGCAGCUGAGGACAUUGCCUUACAGCUCUCCCGCUCCCGCAACAUCACUUACCUGCCAUCGGGACAGGGCACAUUGCUCCAGUUGCCGCAGUGAUGACAUCUCCCCUCAUGUCCAGCCCAAUCUUGCUGUCACCAGUCGUUACCAGGGCCAAGGAAGGGGUGGUUGCAGGAUUCAAUAAUGGACUCUCAGCUUCACACACAUUCCUCUCACUCUUUCUCUAACCAACUCUGGACUGGGCUCUGCUGAUAGCAGAAUGGUGGGAGACAAAGUGAGAGGUCUGCGAUGGAUACAUUUAUAAAGUCCACCCAGGCGUAAGGAAGUGGAGGGUUAUCUAUAGUACUUGAUUUGAAAAAGAUGAUAAUGCAGUUUAUUAAAUAAAGAUUUGACUGUGCUACAUUGUUUCAGAGCUUUGCAUGUGUGAAAAGGAGCAGAGUGGUUUCACCAUCAAAGAAAAUAAAAACAGAUUCCUUGAAAUGAUGAGAUGAUAAAUUGUGAAUAAUAAAUGCAAUUACUCUGUUAUUUCUGGUUGAACGAUUCAUUGAUGUAACUUCUUUUUGUUCUGAUUUACCAGAGUUCUGUGUAUAGCUAUAUGCAUAUAGUCGUCCCUGUGUCUUUAGUUUGUGUGGAGAAAGUGUACGCAACAUAUUAAAGAAAUAGCUGGGCUUAAUAAAUUCUUCUUUCUAC